CAGGUGACCAGCCUCGCUACACCGUCGCCGCCACCAGUCUAUACUCACCUUCCAACACAAGUUCAACGGCAGGAUUUACGGUGCUAAGCAGGUGGAUCAGUGCCAGUACCCCGCUCCUGUACCUUGUUAAACAGUAGAAACAUUUGAGAGUGUAGUGUUAUAAUGACUGGUUAUCAGUAUUAUGUGAAUAAUGAACAAUGAAAAGUGUAUAUUGUGGUGAUGUGUGCCAAGUUUGUCAGCCAAUAAGUAUUUUUGGCUCGGUGACUUUGAGUACUGAAGCUCUACUGAAAGCGCAGCAUGGAGUGGUUGAUGAUGAGUAUGGACCACUUCUUUACGCCUACAAUACAGCUUGGAGCCUAUGUUGGCGAGAACAAGUACUUGCUGACUCCUAAUUGUCAUGGCAGAAUAGAUGAAGUGCUUGAACGCCUACACCAGGACAAGGAACGAUGGCACUACCGUCGUUCACUCUUUCUUAACAACAUCAUUGCCAAGAGGGGAACAUUUCUCACGCUAGUACUACAGGAACUCAUGACGCCAGUGGAGUGCUUGAUGCCAUCUGAGAUAAAGAGUUGCAGUAAUGAAGGUCACCUUAUUAUCUAUGAAUUGGAGUCUUCCAUUGUAAUGGCCAAGAAACUGUUCCUUGAUACUCAAGUAACCAAAUCUAUAAUUGAUGUCAUGAGUUCAGUUCUUCAGGAUUCAAAAAUGUUGAGCCUAUCUGAGUGUGAGCUGAUUAACCAUUGCCUGCUGUUAGUGAGGAACUUGCUGCAUGUCAGUAAUAUCCCGAGUGCUCACCAUACGAUGAGCUACAGUUCACCUCCAGCAGCUGCAGCUAAGCCGCAGGGAGGACCUGUUUCAGCUAUUCUGAUGGAAGACCAGAUAUUGUGGAACUUAUUUGCUCAACGUUUUGACAACAUUUUGAUACGACUAUUGACAUGCAACCAGCAGCACCUGUUUAACGUCACCAUGGUUCAGUUGAUGUCCCUGAUGUAUCGAGAACAACAACAGGGAACUAUACGCAAUCUAAUUAAUGAAUGGCUCACAUCGUCCCUCUCCGAGAGUUCUGAAGAUGAUGAAAAUAACCCGAUGUCUUCAUCUUCCUCAGAUGAUAUCUCUACAUCAGACCCAGUUUCUGAUUCAUCUGAGAGACUGUCACCAAUGGAUGGUAUUGGCAAAGCCAAUAAAAUUCAUGAUAAGACAACUGAAAUAAAUGAAAACUCAGACACCUCAGCAGGAACAGGAAAUGUGGACAAGGAUAAUAGUAGUAAGGAUAGUGGGUUUGGCCGCUCGGGGUCAAAUGUGGAUUCGUCCCCUGAUGAAUGGCCGUCACUAUAUAUCAACCAAACUUACAGAUCCAAAAAUAAACAGUCAAAAAAUAGUACAGAAAGAAAGCUGUGGUGUGCUGAGGACACUGUGCAUCAGAUUUCAUUUGAAGAUUCAGUUCAAACUUUAAAGGAUUCUCAGGAUGGAAAAAUAUAUGAAAUAAAAACUUGUUUGGAAAUGGAAAAUCAUAAAAAAAUUUUGCUUGAUACACAAACCAUAAAGGAAUGUAAAGGCAGGGGCAGUGUGAAGCAUGUGGGUGGCCAAAGCGCAUGUGAUGAUGGACGUGAGCUCGGGAGCAGUUCUCUGGUAGUGUUGGAGAAGAUAUCUCCUAUCCUUCUGCUUGAUAAUGAAACUGAAGAGUCUUCUCCUUUACAAUUCAUACACAAUACUCUGGAUGAUAGUUUAAAUACUGUUGGUUCAUUGUUAAUAAAUGACAAUGAUGAUGAGCCCUUCUCCUUCCAGUGUUGUGUUAUGAAUGACGUAUUAACCCCAAUGGAAGAAUCAGGGCAGCAACCGACAUGCCUCUCGCAGGAAAUAUUUAAAAGGCCACCAAAUGAAGAAGAAUCAGGGUCAAGUGGGGACUGGAGUGAAAAGAAGCCUCCACCACAAUUGCCAAAACUUCAUAAAAAUAAACCUAUUUUGGGUCAAAAGCGAUCAAGACAUACCAUGUCUCAAAAGAUGCUCUCAAACACUCAGGAGAAUAUAGAGUCAAGUAAUUCAACAGGGUCAGAGUGUGAUGAGGGUCCCCAUGCAAAAAGACCACACCAUCACAAGCCUCAUAAAAUGCUGAGUAAACCUAGGCCAGCCAAAAUGCUGCAAAAAGCCCUACAAGAGAGGAACUUCAAAAGAAGUAAAUUAAUAAAGCGUAAGGAGAGUAAGAGGAUUAAAGCCAAAGCACUCUUGCAUCAUCAUCCUACAGCAGAAGACAUAUCCAACUUACUGAAGGAAUUUACAGUUGAUUUUGUGCUGAAUGGAUAUUCGAACUUGCUACAGGGCCUCAGACUCCAAGUAAUGCUUCCAUGUCAGAUUGAUCUUGACAAGUCUCAUGUGUUAUGGCUCAUCACAUACUUUCUUCGCUUUGCUGUUGAGUUGGACUUGGAAUUAUCUCAGAUAUGUCCUGUCCUAUCUAUCGAUGUUGUGUCAUACUUGGUAUACGAGGGUGUAGUGAUGCAGGAGGACCUUGAGCGUGCAGUGCGUGAUGAUCAGGAGAAUCUGCUUCCCCACGUGCGCCGCCUUCACCUUGUUGUUACUGCUCUCAGGGAAUUCUUCAUUGCAUUUGAUGUCUGUAUGAAGAAAGACCAAAGUCUGCUUGAUGUUGGACAUCUCAUGCAUAUUAAAGAGGAACUUGGACAGUUAGUGGAGGUUCGGCAACUGUUUGUGUUGUUGAUCCGUAUGUACCGACCAGGAGUGCUAAGUCUCAACUACCUGCAGGACUUGAUCACUACAAAUCAUCUAUUCCUAACCACUCAGGAAGUCAGCAGCCUAAGUCUUUCUUCUAAGCAAACCUUUGACAUUCUCAAUCAUAUCAGACAAUUUGCCACCAUGGACAUGAUGCGUCAAUAUGGGCGCCUUCUUGAGAACUUUAACAUAAAUGAUGAAACUGUGAAUGAUUGCAUAUUCACAAUGAUGCACCAUAUUGCUGGGGAUUUAAGGAAUGUGAAUGUUAUGCUUCAGCCAGCCAUUCUGAGAGUAUUCUUGCGCAUUUGGCAGGAAGGAUGUGAAUUGUGUGUGGAUUGGGCCGAUCUUAUUGAAUAUGUCCUGCGUAAGUGCACGCGAGUGCGCAUGGAACACCCCAAAAAAAAGGAAAAGAAGGACAUGCAGAAACCAGUCCUUCACCAUGCAGGGAUUGAGUUAACGAAUGAAGACCUGGACCAGCUCUAUAAUUUGUAUUCAGCCUCAACUACAGAACAAGAUCUCAUGGACAAGAUCAAAGAAAUAUGCUGUGAUGACUGUAUUGAAGAACCUAUUAAGAAAGAAGUUAUUCAAAAGUUACUGGCACGAGGCUUCAUUACCACGAGUGAAUGCUCUAAACUGUGUGCAGAGAUACCUACCGUUGAAACACUUGUGAACAAAUGUGUGGGAGAUGUGAAUUUAGAGGAUGAUGUAAUGAUGGUGAGCAGCUAUUUAGAAGACUGCAUGGAUGACCUCCACACUCUCAAAGUCUUUAAGAAAAAAGACCCAGACAAAGGCAGGAACCCAAGCAAUCUCAAUGACAAACAUACAGAAUCCAAUAUGAAUCAUUUACAAAAACAAGGAGAAACAGUGACUCUGGAGAACAAGGAUUUCUGUGGCCAUGGACAAGCAUUGUGGGCAGCAACAGUGUGCGACAAAGCUGCAGGUAGCAUGGAAGGGAAUGUGAUGAACAUGGAGAACACCUCCGACUGGGAUGACAAUGCUACAGUCAUCUUCCUUACUGCUAAACUCAAAGAAGAAGGGUAUGGGAGUCAAGUAAUGUGGUUACAGACGCAGUUGUUGGAAGCAUGUUACGCAAAAAUCAAGUUCAUGGGUCCUGACAUGCCUAGACCCGAACCUGUGGCCCUCAACUUUGCCUUUUCAAACCAGUCCAUUCCCAUAAUCCCAUGGACGGGAGAACAGGAAGAGGUCUUUAGCUCACCAACUUUUCUACAGCUCCUUCGAGAACUUGGAUUUCAUCUUCCAUCUGAUACAGGCAAAUUAUAUCCCAGAAUGCCCCACUUCUGGUGCCCAAAUACUUUAUUCAUUGCUGCUAAGCGCCUUGGGCCUCUUCCUACAGAUUAUCUUAAGGUGUCUGUAGAGCAGAUACAGGAGAUGAUGCAGUUUGUUCCAUCAGCAGCUCACACUAAUGCUCUUACACCUCUCAACAUUGAAGAUGAAGACUCAUCUGUCAUUAAGGAAACAUCAUCUCUUGACUGUGAUGAUUCUUUUGAGAGAGUUAGUGAUUGUUCCAUGGAGAACAACCGUUCCAGUCCCUCCACACCAGCCUCACUUCUAGAUGAGAAACUUUCGUUGGGGCAUGAUGAGGAUGUUACAAAGAGCCACUUGCCAUCCCAAAGAAUCCCCGUGGCUGGUUUGAUGGUAUCUCCAGCAGGCUUCCAAGCUGUGAGCCAGAUGAAUGUGUCGUGACAGCUGUGUGUAACCAAAGUUACCAAGAACAGGCACACCCACUGAACACACUUGAGCCAGAUCUCAUACUAGUAUCUAACACUGGGGAAAAUCUUGCCAUAAAUAGUGCUUUCCAAAGCCUCUGACCACUUCAAGAAUGAGAAUGGAUCUUUGAAACUCCAACAUGUAUUUGCAUGACUCAAAACAUUAACAUUUUCCUAAUCAUUGUUGUACAAUAAAAUUUCACAGAAUUAACAACUAGGUUUCAUAGUGUAUGAACAUUAAAGUUUUCUGAAUAAAUAUUUUUGUGCAUUAAUGUGUAUAGUGUAAGAAAGUAACGCAUAUAGUUUCUUGUGGAAAGCAAGAGAUAUAUGUGAUCAAUACAUUAAGCUUAUAUGAGACAUUUAUAUUUAUUGUAUAAAUAUAAUGCCAUUAUUGAAAGACAACUUUUUACUAAACAAAAUAUCAUUUAAUUUCAAGCUACCAGCAUUACAUUGUGACAGCCAUUCUAUAGCUAUCAAGUACAAAUCCAAUUGUAAAUAUACUCAAAGUAUAAUUGAACAGGUCAAAUUUUGUAUUUAAUUCCAUUGAAUAGAGCUGUAUGUAGAAAAAAAAUUAAAUGGUUGCACAUGUUUUAAAUUGUUAGGCGACUUAGCCUUGUAAAUUUGAAUGUCUUAAAUGAGAAAUAUCCAAGUGUGUGACAAAUUGCAUGCGGGAUACUUUUAAUGAAUGGGCAGCAUUCCACCGUUGUUUGGAUCUAGUCUCUAGUCUUCAAAAAUCACCCUCAAAAUGGAGCUUAACUCUACGGCCUGUAUAGAAUGUUUUCAUCACACAGAUUUUGUAUGUUUAAAUAAUAUUGUGCUUAGAAUAUCACAUAAGCAUACUGUAUAUAGCUGCAUUUGUCAGUAAAAUUUUACAAUA